CCUACAAACAGAACAGUAACACAGCAUUCGAUAUACAGAAGAUGAACCUCCAUGUGGUUUUCAUUGGUGUGUUUGGAUGUGUAUUAGUCAUCGGUCUAUCAGAAGCAGAACAGAAAACCAUAAUAUUAACUCAGUCCAAGGCAGAGAUUCAUCUCACAGAAUGGAUUGAAAAAGAUAUUCAGCAGUUAAACUACUCCAUACUGCUGCCUGAAGGAUUCCAGACUGCUCUGAUAAAUAGUUCAGACCCAGAUGUAACUAUAACAGAAGAUGGACACAUUGAGAUUAAAGCACCCCAUCCUGAGACACAGCAUCUGAUUAUAGCCAUACAGGACCUCCGGAAUUCUACAAACCCCAACAUCACCCAACUCUGUCCUACAUUUUACACAGACAUUAAUCUCCAUAUCACACAGAGGAAAAUUACAGGGUUGUGUCAAGAUCCACCAACUCUGAAGAAACCUAUAGACUACAUCUCUCUGACAUUUGGCAAACUUUUUCACAUGAAGCUGGAUCCAGAAUAUUUCUUUGAUGCAGAAGAUGGAGACGCAAGACAGUUAACUGUUACCAUGACAACAGGUUAUGGUAAUCCGUUACCUAGCAACCAUUGGGUACAAUAUGAUUCUACAGACCAGGUGAUUUAUGGCUUAGUUUUGAAUGAGUCAGCUGUUAGGAAUGAAGUAUUACUGGUGGUGGCCGAGGAUUCUUGUGGGCAGUCUACCCAUGAUGCAGUUGGAGUUGAGAUAUCUGGGAAGUUUAAUGAAGAGUACGCCAGUACCAAGCAUGGAUUUCUGGUGCAUUUUUCGGAUGACCCCAUUUGUCCAGUAAAAGAUCUGAAAAACUUGUAUGUUUUUGUCAAGGAACUUAAAAUCUGGUUCAACAACAGCAGGGAAAUAUUUAUUACUAAAAGAGAAAAUUGUUCACUUGUAUUGUUACUGGCAGAGGACAGAGAUACACUUUCAGAGGAUAUGACUGCUGAAGCAAGAACAAUUUUUGAUGAGAAGGGAGAACUUAUCAAAGAAUUUUCAUGCUUCUUUAUGCCAGGGUUCAGGAUUACAAAAUUUGAACAUUUCAUGAAAAAUCAUUCAUUACUGGAAGAAGACACUGAUAUUCCAUUGAUUCCAUUUAAAUCGGACAUCAAUCUUUGGUUUGAAAUAGUGCUCCCUGUUAUAAUCAUACUCUCUAUCCUCCUUGUGUUGAUAAUCAUUGUAUAUAUAUGUUGUACAAGGAAGAAGAAGUUGUACUUACUACACUCAGAGAAGCCCACUUUUCUGGAGGAGAGGAGACCUGUCAUUUUUCAGACUGAGGUCCCAGUGGAGGACCCCUCCCUGUGUCCAAGGAACCCUACCAUUUUGUCACAUUAUGAUGAACUCCCUUCAUCUGAGGUGGAACUGAUCGAUCAAAGGUCACUUCCUUCCACCCCUAACUACACCCCAACUAGUACCCAGCCACCUCCUGCCUAUAGGGUACCCCCUCCCUACACCAAUAAUCACCAGUACUGGUAAUGCUAACUCAAUACCCAAUCACCCCUGCCUAUAGGAUACCCCCUCUCUACACCAAUUAUGAUCAGUACUAGUAAUGCUAAGUCAUUACCCAGUCUCCCCUUGCCUAUAGGGUACCCCCUCCCUACACCAAUAAUCAUCAGUACUGGUAAUGCUACUUAUACCCAGCCCUUUCCAAACCCAUUGCCUAUAAGGUACUCCUCUAUACUGCAACAAUUAUCAGUUCUGAUAAUGCUAAAUCAAUACUCAUCAUAACCGUGGCAUGGUAACACAUUCAUACAUCAUGAAUUCCAUAUUUACACACUUCACAUAGUGCCAAGGUACCAGACCCUUUAGGUUCUCCCUCCUGGUAUCACAAAUCACCACAACUUAAAAUUUAAAUGACAACUGAUUAUUUGUUCAAUAAUCCUUCAAGCUGAAGAAGGACCCCCUUCUGUAUAGACCACUAAACAAGAGAAUUGAAAAUUUUCAGAGAUGAUAUCUUACAUCAGCCUUUAGAGUCAUGCAUGAGCCCUGUAUUCAUACUUUCCUGUGUUUAUUCUUUCUUUCUGUGUCAAAUGAUAUUUUACAGCAGUAUUCUUCUUCAUUCGUUGCAUAUGAAUAAUUAUAUGUCGACUGUUUGCCACCUAUAUUAAAUAAAUUUCAUCAAACAUUCCAUCUGUCAUAUUCCUACUUUAUUAUACCCUGUUCCAAAGGAGUGGGGGUAUACUGUUUUACCCC